AUGAAUAGUGGCAAUAUAAACUUCAACGUUUAAAAUAUGAACAUAGGUGGAGCAAAUUCAUUCUACUAGCCACAAAACAUAAUGGGUCUUUAGAUUUAGAAUUAAUAGAGUAACUUUUAAAAUCAGUCUAUAAGAAAUCCCUCAACACCAGCAUCGCCUUCGUCUUACGUUUAACAACAACAGCAGAAUCUUUUCAAGCAAUUCUAGUAAGACUCAAAAUUGAACAAUUCUGAAGCAUUUGACAAUUAAAAUAAACUUUUAAAGCUUGGUCAGCCUGCUCCCUACCAAAUUUAGAAAAAAUUCAUGAACAGAUAUUAGGCCAAUAAUGUCAAUCCUAAUAAUUUAUCAUAAAACUUAGGAAGCAGUAAUAAUAGGGCUGGCUAGGUCAAGUUUGGCAAUAGAAAGUUUUCAAUGUCUCCUCCCAAGCCUAUUGACCCAGAUUUUGAUCAGUCUCUAAACUUACAAAAGUAGAUUAUAAUAGAUGGGCUCAAUAACUAGGAUAAAAACUCCUCUGGUAGUAUAAUAAAAUAAAACAUUCAACCCUCUUUGAAUCAGAUGACUCUGGACAUCUCAAAAGAUAGAAAAUCAAAUAGAAAACUCACUAAGAUAGAUCUAAUUAACAGAAGAUAUUCUAAUCCCAAUGAAUAUGAAAGCAACAAUAAUACCUUGGAUGACUCAACUAAUGGAUUGCUUAUGAUUCAAUAAAGGCCAGUCACUUCUAAAAAUUAAAAUGAAAGUACUGGAGCAUCGAGCAAUAGCUUGAGUAAAAGUUUCAACAAAAAAUUAGUUACAAAUUAAAAUUAAUAGUUAAUUGAUACUAAGAAAUCAAACUUGGCAUAGUAAAGACCGUUUUCUCAUGACAGAUUAAAUGGGCCUUAGAAUUAAUUAGCAAUUGUAAAAUAAAGACCAUAAUAGAAUAAUUCAAAGGGCAGAAUUGUUAAUAACAGCUUAGAUGAAGAUUAGUAGCUCAAUAUUAGUACAAAUUCUUAAGUAUAAAAUGCUGAAUAUCAAAGGCUUAUGUAGGAAUAAAUGUUUAAGCACAACCCAAACAUUGCAAAUCUUUCUUUUAAAAACCGAAAAAAUUCAGAUUAGCUAACGAAAGAUCAGUCAUUUAGAUUGAAGAAAUUAUAACUAAAUGGCCAUCUACAAUAGCCAUAAUUUAUGACUAACUCUGCUCCGAAUAGUCCUCCAAAUGGACAGAAUAUUAACAUGAUUAUGCAGUAAAGGAAGAUUUAGCAAACUAAGGCUGGAAACCUAAUCACUAAUGCACAAUAAAUAAAUUAAGCUAAUAUGGUAAUCAACAGAUAAAAUCCUAAUCCUUAAAAGAAAUUCAAUAACUUCCUGAUGAAUCCAAACAAUCUGGAAGACCACUUCUCUCCUGAAAGAACAGGAAAUAAUAAUCCACAAAAUUCAUAGCAAUAAAAAAGAGUCAAGGUCCAAAGAUAAGUGUAAUCACAAGAUAAUUUACCUAAGCGUGAUGAUAGUUUGAAUAAGGUAUAGCUAGAUAAUAAGCAGAAUGCUUUGCAAACAUAACCAUACUAAUAGCCUCCAUAAUCAAAUAUUUUGAGAAAACCACCUCCUAGUAACUUAAUAAGAUAACACUUUGGAGAGGUAAAAAAUGUUGUUACUAAGUUCGCUUUCGCAACGAGAGUUGGAUUUAUUCCUAAUAAUCCUUAUAAAACAAAUUAAGACAGUUUUAUUUUAGCUCCGAAUCUAUUAAACUAGCCAGCAUUGCAUUAUUUUGGUGUUUGUGACGGUCAUGGAUAGUAUGGAAAAGAAGUAUCAAAUUACGUCAAGACAGCCCUCCCCCAGUAACUUGAAGAAGAGUUACGAAAUUUAGUACCGAAUAUUCAUUAAAGCUUGAGAAAUUCAUUUGUAAAAUGCAAUACUGAUUUGGUGAAGCAUACUCCUGAUCCUCAAUAUAGUGGCACAACUUGUUGCACAGUCCUUUUAAAUGGAUCCAAGAUCUAUACUGCAAAUUCAGGGGAUAGCAGAGCAAUCGUUGUCAACAAAUUUGGUAAAGCUCGACAGUUAUCAAGGGAUCAUAAGCCAAGUGAUACUGAUGAAGGUCAAAGAAUCAGAGAAAAAGGAGGAAGAAUAGAAGCAUUUAGGGAUUUCUAGACUGGAGAAGAAAUGGGUCCUUAGAGAGUGUGGCUAAUGAACGAAGAUGUCCCAGGACUAGCAAUGUCUAGAAGUUUGGGAGAUUAUGUUGCUUAGUCUGUUGGAGUCAUCCCAGAUCCAGAGAUUCUUGAGUAUGAAAUUACCCCAGAUGAUAUAUUCAUGGUCAUUGCCAGUGAUGGUAUUUGGGAGUUUAUGCAAAAUGAUGAAGUUGCAAAAAUAUCUCUGCCUUUUUUUGCUAAGAGUGCACCUGAGGCAGCUGCUAAUGCAUUAGUUAAAGAAGCUUACAAAAGAUGGAAACAAGAAGAGGAGGUAAUAGAUGAUAUCACCUGUGUCAUUAUUCAUUACUAAUAUGCUUGA